ACCCUACAGGCUUGUGGCUGGGAAGGAGAGAAUGUCUGUAGAGAGCCCAGUGCUUCUUCCUCUCAGAGGCCUGGGUCCUGCCUAGAGCUCUGACUCAGGCGAGCACCUGCAGACAAUCAGCCCUGAGAGCACCAUAUUUUACGGAGGGGGGGGGGGAGUGCCACCCUGCCUCAAUUAACUGUCCCCAUCCAGGAUCUGGCUCUCAGCGCGGGACUCAGGUGCCCGCUACACCCCUGCCUGGGCGUUGCCCAGGAACCGCGCCGCCGCAGUGCAGCUCGGACCCCGGGCACCCGCGGGACGCGCUCCCGGCUCUCACCCGGCUCUCGGCUCCGGCCGUGGGAUCCAGCACCGCCCACGGCACCUAGGCUGCUGCUAUGGGGAAUCUACCAUCUGCUGCGAAGCACUGCCUCAACUACCAGCAGCUUCUCCGCGAACAUCUCUGGAGCGGAGACUCAGUGGCAGGGGCGCUGGAUGCGGCGCAGGAAGCAUCUCAGUUACCUGGACUCCCUGAAUAUGUGAAAAUAGUCGAAGUUGGACCAAGGGAUGGAUUGCAGAAUGAAAAGGUUAUAGUUCCCACAGACAUAAAAAUUGAACUCAUCAAUCAACUUUCCCAAACUGGCUUGUCUGUAAUAGAAGUAACCAGCUUUGUGUCUUCCAGAUGGGUACCACAGAUGGCUGACCAUGCUGAAGUGAUGCGAGGCAUUCGUCAGUAUCCAGGAGUUCGCUAUCCUGUCCUUACACCUAAUCUUCAGGGUUUUCAGCAUGCUGUUGCUGCUGGAGCCACGGAGAUAGCAGUUUUUGGUGCUGCUUCAGAAUCUUUUAGCAAGAAGAAUAUUAACUGCUCCAUUGAAGAAAGUAUGGGAAGGUUUCAGGAGGUCAUCAGCUCUGCAAGACACAUGGACAUCCCAGUGCGAGGGUACGUGUCCUGCGCCCUGGGCUGCCCAUAUGAAGGAAGCAUCACACCACAGAAAGUCACAGAAGUUUCAAAGAGAUUGUAUGGUAUGGGCUGCUAUGAAAUAUCUUUGGGCGACACGAUUGGAGUUGGUACUCCAGGCAGCAUGAAGAUGAUGUUGGAAAGUGUCAUGAAAGAAAUCCCUCCAGGGGCUCUUGCUGUUCAUUGCCAUGACACAUAUGGACAAGCCCUCGCAAAUAUCCUAACAGCUCUUCAGUCUAUUGGCUCCUUUGGUAGUUAAUAAAAUCUAAGAACCUCUGAUUAUAUUUUCGGUUGUAUCCUUUCCCAUAUAUACAAUCUCUUUGUAAAAUAUGGCAGGCAGAAGGCAGGAGGGAAGCAAGAUGGCCUGAGAAAGCAGGAGUAUUCUUCCAGCUCCUUAUUAUCUAAGAGUUCAUUUAUGGUUUCAGCAUAAACACAUGGGUAAAAAGUGUCACAACAACUUGUGUAUUUGCAAACAUGUUGUGAGGACUGAGAGUUCACCGUAAAUGGACAGUUGGGAAAAUGGUCAAAAGCAGAGGCAGGCAAAGGACACUUGUGCUUCACAGUCUUAGAUGGUCCCUUCUUCUGUACAAGUCAGUUUGCCUCUGGGUUGCAUAUAGUUUGGUAAGAUAUUAACAACUGAAGGAAGACACAUAUGCUCCCACUUUGUAGAAACUAUAGAUAUUUCAGACAAUCUUUAAGUCUCUUACAAUUUUGAAUUCAUUGAAGAUAGCCAGGUUUGGCUUUGGAAUGUUGCUUUAGACACAUGUGGGUCCUAGUCUCUAACGGUCCUGGAUAAAGAGAAGUCUACCAGAGACCAUUCUAAUCCCACCUUUUAAUAGAAAUGGCAGUAACAACAGUAAAACAAGCAGGUUUAAAUUUAGAUAACAAGAAUCUUGGACAAAAAAACCCUUAAUGUUUCAGUGUAGGGGAAAUGAGAGAGCCCAGCUUCAUUAGCAACAUGGCUAACCUUGGCUUCAGGAAGCAGGGGCUAUACUGCAUUUUAAUGGAAUCUUUGAAGUGGCUUCUAGUAAAAUUUGUGAUGUAUGUAGAGUAGAUAUCAUUUGCUUUCAUUUAGGGGAGGAGAAACAGUUUGCAAUGUUCCAAACUAGAAGUUACUAUUAAGGCAAGGAGACACGUAAUAAGUAGAAACUUGGCUGCAGUGGUAGGAAACAAAUGGGAGUUAUAAACGAAAUGCCCCCCUCAGUCUGGGAAGCACAUCCAGUUGGCUGGUAGAGGAACCUUUCUUGGAUUUUCAGGUUUUAUGUUUUUUUUUUAAUUACUUAAACAUGUAACUUAUAGGACCACAUGGGUAUGUGGACAUCUAUAAUUCAUAAUUAUCAGAUACUUUUAAUGGAGAGAAAAUAUUCUGAUUAUAGAUGUAGUGUGGGAUAUUUAUACCUACCAAAAAGCAAUAGAGCAAGAGAAUGAGGUGAUAAAGUGUACAACGGUUUAGUAAUGGAAGAAACAUACAUGGCCCUACAUACUUGUCUUCAAGUUUAUGCAAAAGCCGAGUUUUAUCCUGUUUCAUAUUCCCCAAGUCCCCAAAUAAAACACCAGUUUAACAAAUUGGUUAAUCUACUUAAUAUAAAACAAUUGCUCAUUUUUCUCCAUUAAAAUGUUUUGAGCCCUCAUAAUUAGGUAAAGCAGGGUAAAACAAAUAAGACCCAAUGCUACAAAUAGCAGUUCCAUGCUAAUUGCUAGCAUAGAGACAAAGCAGAAAGCCCAACAUUUCUCAUGAAGAAAUACUACAUGCUUUUUUUUCCCCUUAAAUUUAAUAGACCUCUAGCUAGUGUGCCUUUCCUUAUAAUGCUUUCCAUAUGUUUAUUAUUCUCUUUUAGAAAGACUAAAUUAUUAACCUAAUUUUUACAUCAAAAGCAUUCAUGGUUUUAUGUAGACUCUUACUAACCAUGUUAAAAUGCCACCAAACUACAAGUUUUUCUUAAUGUAAUUGGUUUAUGUGGUUUUCAAAGAGGAUUUAAAACAAUUUCCACAACUACCUAGCCAAGCCUUUCUCUUUUUCACUUCGAACUUGUUACAAAGGGUGUAAUUGUGCAAAAUUGAGACAAGUCACAGAAUUUCCAGAAGAAUUCCUUGAUAAUGGUGCAGUUGGUUGGCAAACUCAUAACAGUUACUUCAAUUACUGCCUUAGCCAACUAUAUUAACAUGUAGCAUGUAUCUUAUUUAUGAGUAGAGCCAUAGUUCAGAGCAUUGAGCAGCAAAUAUAUUUUGUAAUUGCAUGCGUUAGAUGGUGUUCACUUACUUGAUACAGUUAAAACAGCUAAGUAAAAUAGAUGUCCCAGCAGGAAAAGAAUGCAGGGAUUGCUGGGGUAAGAUGGUGAGCGAGAAGCUUCCUCUGCUCCAUAGGAGACCCCACAUUACAGGAAAAGAAAGAAACAAACAAACAGAGAAGGUGAGAAGGAAGGGACAGAGCAGCUACACAUCAUAAAGAGGUAGAAAGUUACCACCAAAGAGCAGGAAAUUUCCCGAGGGGGACAUUUAAGGAAAGGACAAAUAUAGAACCCCAAGUAAAAAAGACCCAGAGAGCCUCCUCCAAACCAUCUUACUGUUACAUUUCUAAGUGUGCAGCAGAGAGGGAGCGUGUAGGAAGCUGUGCAACAUGUGUCGUGAGAAUCCAUCAGCAUUAACACCAAACUUCAGCAGAAACUUUCAGGCAAAGAAAAUGGAGAUUAUUGGAUAUCAAGGCUUCCAAUCACCAUUGCCGUAAAACUGCAGGGGAAACAAAGAUAUUCCAUUAUUAAACAAAAAAUGCCAGGCAUGGUGGCGCACACCUUUAAUCCCAGCACUUGGGAGGCAGAGGCAGAUGAAUUUCUGAGUUCAAGGCCAGCCUGGAGUGAGUUCCAGGGCAGUAAGAGCUACACAGAGAAACCCUGUCUUGAAAAACAAAACAAAACAAAGAAAAAAGAAAACAACAACACACACACAAGAGAGAGAGAGAAAGAGAGAGAGAAACAGACACAGAGAGACAGAGAGAGAGAGACAGAGAGAGAGAGACAGAGAGAGAGAGACAGAGAGAGAGAGACAGAGAGAGACAGAGAGAGAGACAGAGAGAGAGAGAGAGAGACAGAGAGAUUGGUUCACACCCAAGAAUAAAUCCUGUUAGGAGAAUAGACAAAAAGAAAACAGAGAGAUUGGACAAUGUAUUUGUGAAUAAUUGAUUGGCUAGUGAUAUAACCAGGAGAGAUAUGAUAUAUUUUUUAAAAAUCUCAGCAUCAAAUUAAAAUGAAAAUUUGAGUUAUGAAUACCUAUGAGACACAAUGAAGGCAAUUGUAAGUAGGAAAUCUUUAUGUCUAUGUUUUGGCAUCUUAAACAAAAGAUCUCAGAUCACAAACUAGUGAUGUACUCUUGGUCUUAGAAAAAAUUACUAGAGAAAAACUAUCCAAACAGGAAUUCAAUAGAUGUAGAGAACUAAUGAUGACCGGAGCAGAAAUUAAUAAAGUAAUUAUGAGAAAAUUAAGGUACUUAAAGAAUAACAUGCCAGGUGUGGUGGUGCACACCUUUAAUCCCAGCACUUGGGAUGUAGAGGCAGUUGGAUUUCUGAGUUCGAGGCCAGCCUGGUCUACAGAGUGAGUUCCAGGAUAGCCAGGGCUACACAGAGAAACCCUGUCUCAAAAAAAAAAAAAAAAAAAUAACACAAAGAUCAAGCAAGAGAGUGUUUGUUCUUUGAAAAUAACAAAGUUGACAAAUGGUCUAACUAGCCAAAAGAAAACAAUAAAAUCAGAGGAAAAAAUCAUAGGAAAAGUUUUAAAAGUAUAAUUAGGGACAAAUUUGGACUAUUUCAACAAGUUAAAAAGCAUAAAGAUACUAAUGAAUUUUUAAACACAUAUGACCUACUUAAAUGAACCAAGAGAAUACAGAUGACCAAACACAGUCACUUACAAAUAAGGAGGCUAAAGUAGUAACAAAACACUUCACAGCAAGUAUAUUCCUGGAACAGGCAGAGACACUGCCAAAUUCUACCCGAUCUCCAGAGAAACAACUCCAAUAUAACUAUUUUCCAGAAAAAGGCCUCAAACUCCAAAAGAAAAGAAAAUACUGAUAACAACAAACAGAAAGAAUAAGUAAUUUAUAUUAUUGAAAAUAGAUCCAAAAAUUUCAAGAAAUAGUUGGAAAUUUGAUUCACUACAACAGUGAAGUGAUUGUGUACCACUGUUAAGUUGGUUUUAAUCCAAAGAUUCAAUGAUGAUUCAGCAGAUACAAAAUUUAUCAUUUUUAGUAAAAGUUGUGAAGAAAUGAAGUAUGAGAGGAUUAAAUUUCUAUGUGGCAUUAUUAUUCCCCUAAACAGGGCAGUAACACACUACUUUCUGUUUUUAAUUUAUACCUUGGUUUUUGAGACAGGAUCUUUCACAAGGAACUGCAGCUCACCAUGGGACUGAUUGCCUAUUGAAUCCCAAGGAUUCACCAUCUCCUCUUCCCCAGUGCUGAAAUUCGAGGAAUCUGCUACCAGGCAGGGCGUUUUACCUGGGUACUAGGGGCUAGACUCAAACUUCUUUUCUUGGAGUGGGGGGUAGGAGGAGGGAGGGUGUCGAGACAGGGCUUCUCUGUGUAUCCCUGGCUGUUCUAGAACUCACUUUGUAGACCAGGCUGGCCUUGAACUCAGAAAUCCACCUGACUCUGCCUCCCAAGUGCUGGGAUUAAGGGCGUGGGUCACCACUUCUUAAAUAUGCAAAGAUGAUCUGGAAUUCCUGAUCUUCCUGCCUCCACCUCUGGAGUGCUAGGAUUAUAGGGUAUGGUGCCAAGUGAGACUUCCACAAUGUUUAAUGGGUAAAAACAAAGCAAAGUCAAACUAUAACUAGGACCAUGAUUGCACAAGCUGCUAUAAUCUCCAUGGUUCCUGAAUAAUUGUGUAUAGUACCCCAGAAUUUGACAAAACUAUUAAAAAAUUAAUAUUAAAACUCAUUAGUAGGCAGUUAUUACAUUUAUACAUAUUUAAAAUUUAAGUCAAUGUAACUGAAAUAUAUUAAUUGUGUUAAAAUUUUAUUAUUGCAUAAGUACAUUUAUAUGAUUUUUAUAUUUUAUAAAUAAAGUAAAAAUAUUACAAAGAAAAUGAUAUAGCUGGAGAGAUGGCUUGGUGCUUAAGAGUAUUUAGUGCUCUUAAAGAGGACCUGGGUUCUGACACCAUACAACCAUCUGUAACUCCAGGUCCUGGGGAACCACUAGCAACUGCACAUAUAUGGAUUACACUCACAUAUCACACACAUACACAUAAAUAAAAGUAAAAAUUAAUACUUUAAAAAUUAUUGUGCCUCAUAGUGCUUAUCUGUGUAUCUAUUAGUGUAGAGAUUGUCACAGAAUGUAUUCAGUAAAUAUUUUUAGUUCAAUGAACAACCUACAAUAAUUCCUCACAGUUGACACAAAUAAUUUGUCCUGAAGAAUCGUUCCACAGUGAAGAGAUUUAUAAACAACUGGAAAUGGCUGGCUGCCUUCAGGGAGGGAUUCCAGAGAGUAUGACUUGCAAUUACUGAACUCUCUGACCACAGCCUUUCCACUUUGAAUUUAACCUUUACUGAUACUGUUAAAUAUGUUUGCUCUCUGUACUGUAAGGAUGUUUUCUAAUAUUGUAAAUUACCUUCACCUAUUCAAAUCACAACUGGAAAUAGUUUGUCAACCUAUGAAAAAAUUAUGAGAAAAAUUAUCCAAAUAACGAAGCUAAAAUAUUCUAAGAUAAGCUUAACUUAUUUAUAAAUAAAGCAUUAAAAGUAUUUAUAUUAAGCAUGUGAAGACCUUGAGAAAUUUCUCCGGAAAAACCUUUCCCUGUAGGAUGUGGGAAAUAUUUUUAGGACUCUAACUUCAUGAGGUUAAGAAAAUGAGGUUUAAAGGGUGUGUUUGAAAAUUAGUUUCCUUUUAAAUUUGCUCUCAUAGUAACUAUAGAAAACUAAAUAAGGCUCAUGAUUUUAAACAUGUUUUUACUGUAGUAAGCAUUCUUGAAGGAGACAUAUGUUUAUAUAACCCAUACUGACUCUUCUCAGUUGAAAGGCAGAGCCUAUAGAAUAGAUUUUCUGUUCUGUAAAUAUAUUUACCUUUUCUUUUAAAAAGUCUCAUUUUAUUAUUUCUCGUUUGUGAGGGUUUCACCUGUCUCUCUGUCUGUGUACCCCAUGUGUGUGACUGGUGCUCCCUGAGGUCAACAGAGGGCUGAUCCACUAGAACGCAGUUACACACAGAUUUGCACUGCCAUGUGGGUCCUGGGAAUCUAACCCCAGGGCCUCUGAACCAGCAGCCAAUGUUCUUAACUACUGAGCAAAUUCUCCAGCACUUAUUUCUUUUAUACACAGACAUAUUGGACACUUCUCCUCGAAAAUAAUAUGGAACACAGAGUAUUAGUAUAGGCUUCAGCUGUAAGAAAGGCAGCAUAACUUUCAAAGGAUAACAUUAGAUUAAUCCAAUAAAGCAAAGAGUUUACCUUGCCACAAAGUAAAUUUUUUUUUUUAUUUUGUUACCAAGAUACCAGUCCAAUAAACAUAAAAAUACAAGCCUGGGACCAUUCAGACUAGCUUGCAUGUGUGUUUCUGGGCUGAUUACUUGAUAUUGGAUAACAAAUCAGGACUCAUCCUGGGGUAGAGCGGCUCCUACUUUCAGCAGCUAAGAGCUUUUAGCCUUUCCUCUGGAGGUGGGGCCCCACCUACACUGGGAUAUCAACUAGUGUUGGAAUGGUUUAGCCCUUGUGUAGGCAGGCUUAGAGUCUCAGACACUUUCUGGUCCUCUGGUUCUUAGCACAUUUCUGCUUUCUCUUCCAUAAUGCUUCCUGAGUCUUAGGCGCAGGAGUUGUAUUGUGGUUGUAUUUGUAACACUCUCCUACAAAAGAAACUUCUUUGAUGAGGGACAAGAUCUACAUUGAGUAGGGAGAUACUAGUGAGGAUUGAUAUCCUAGAGGCACACUUUCCCCUAGGUAUGGUGAAUAUAUCCAUUUAGCAUAGAAAGAAUCUGAUAUGGAAUCCCCUUUUGGCCUGUAAAGUGCCAUUGCAAGCUUGUCUGAAUGGAGCAUGGUCCAGUUAAUUAGCUGAACAUGAUUUCCACGUCAGAAAAGUCAAUGAAAUUGAGCUGAAGUUCUUCCCCACUAAUGAUUUGAAAUUUGUCUUAUAUCAUUGAAAAAUAAAACAUAUGUAAAGUAUUUCCUAGAUGGUCUUCCUCCCUCCCUCCCUUCCUCUGUCUCCACCUCCCUCUUUCUCUCACUUUUUCUCCCUCCUUCCCUUCUUCUCCCCUCUGCUUGUCUUCUCUAUAUGUAUAUGUUAUAUGUAUGUGUAUAUGUAUGUAAUAUAUAUAUAUAUAUAUACACAUAUAUACAUGAGCAUACUGGUGGACUUGCAGUCCCUCUUAGUUAUCUUCCACUCUCAGUUAUCACCCUUGCUUGCUCUCCAUGUAUCUCUGUAUCUCUGAUACAGGAUGCUUCAGAGCCUGAAGGUCAUUAAAUUAGACUUCAGCACUGUGGUGACACAGAGAGGUACACUACUGUGUCUAGAGUUUAUGAGGUGCUAAGGAAUCUAAACUCAAGUUUUGGUCCACUCUAUUGAUUGAUCCAUGUCCCCAGACCUUGAGAAGAAAAUGGUUACUUUAGAAGCAGGCAUUGCUGCAGAUACGCCAGUGUAAAGUGAUAUUUCUGUAGUCAUGAGGCAUUGUACUCUUCAUUACCAAUGUAUCUAUUUUAAAAAUAAUGCACACAUGCAUAUAUGUAAAAAUACAUAUUUAUGUAUUUAUUUAUUUGCAUCCCAAAUGCUGUCCCCUUUCUGUUCCUCCCUUGCAGACUCCCUUUCCUUCACCUCUGAGAGGGCAAUUCCCUCACAAUCUCCCUGCCCUGGGUUAUCAUUUCGCUCUCCCAUUUUCUGUCUCAGCCUCUGUCUUGAACAGGCACACAUGCAUAAAUGUAUUAAUACAACCUCUUGAAUCCAUUUAAAGUGUUGCUUAUAUGCAUAUGAUUUCAGGACUGACCAUUUUGUAUUGGGUAGCCAAUUAACGCACUCAUCCUUGGAAAAGCUAAUUCUCCAUCUCUCAGCAGUCUUUACUUGCCUGUAGUUCUUUGUUUAGAAUAGGGACCCCAUAGCAUAUUUUCUCCUUCCACAUAUUUUCUGCCUGUCUAUUGAUAUUGCAAUUGUUCAGGUCUUGUUUAUGUAGUCAUUUCUUUUUUAUUUUCAAAUAUAUUUUUUAAAUUUUUUUUAAUUAGGUAUUUUCUUCAUUUACAUUUCAAAUGCUAUCCCAAAAGUCCCCAGACCCUUCCCCCCCCACUCCCGUACCCACCCACUCCCACUUCUUGGCCCUGGCUUUCCCCGUACUGAAGCAUAUAAAGUUUGCAAGACCAAGGGGCCUCUCUUCCCAAUGGUGGCCAACUAGGCCAUCUUCUGCUACAUAUGCAGCUAGAGACAUGAGCUCCGAGGGUACUGGUUAGUUCAUAUUGUUGUUCUACCUAUAGGGUUGCAGACCCCUUUAGCUCCUUGGGUACUUUCUCUAGCUCCUCCAUUGGGGGCCCUGUGUUCCAUCCAAUAGCUGACUGUGAGCAUCCACUUCUGUGUUUGCCAGGCCCCGGCAUAGCCUCACAAGAGACAGCUAUAUCAGGGUCCUUUCAGCAAAAUCUUGCUGGUGUAUGCAAUGGUGUAAGCGUUUGGAAGCUGAUUAUGGGAUGGAUCCCCGGGUAUGGGAGUCUCUAGAUGAUUCAUCCUUUCAUCUCAGCUCCAAACUUUGUCUCCUCCAAACUCCUUCCAUGGGUGUUUUGUUCCCAAUUUUAAGAAGGGGCAAAGUGUCCACACUUUGGUCUUCAUUCUUCUUGAGUUUCAUGUGUUUUGCACAUUGUAUCUUAUAUCUUGGGUAUUCUAAGUUUGGCCAUUUCUAUGAAAGACUGUUUCAGAAGACAUUCCGGUAUUCUGAUUCUUACAACCAUUUAUUAUUUUUAGAUAGAUCAGUAGAAAUAAUCAGAAAUCAGGCACUAUAAUUCAUCAAUACAAUAGAGGAAAACAGAUUUGUGAUCAUCUCAAAUGACUUGGAAAAUCAUUGACAUUCUUUUUACUCCUAACCAAGAAUUUAUUUGCAAUUGAUACCUGAAGGGAAAACCAGUUUUCUUCAAUGGAGUGUCACUGGCCCACAAUUCAGCACAACGAUGGUCAGAAGUGGCUGGCCAACACAAAAUGUACUCCAUGUGGGUUUUUUGGGGGGUGGGGUGGGGAUGGGAGUGCUUGGUUUUUGUUUUGUAUUGCUUUUGUCUUACUCCUUUUUUUGUUAUGAUUUUCAUUUUUGUUUUGUUUUUAAGAGAGAAAGGGAAAGAGAGAGAAAGAGUAUGAAAUUGGGUAUCAAUGGCAGUGAAGAGGAUCUGGGAGUAGUCAGGGGGCAGAUAUGAUCAAAAUAUAGAAUAGGAAAAGUAUUUAUUGAAAGAAAAAUAAAGGAAUAAUUGAGAUUAUUAACCAUGUGGGGAAUUCUAACCAGAACAGAAGUACAAGACAUAGACAGGAAAAGAUAAAGUAAAAUAAUUCUCAUGCAAGAUAUCCUAAUUGUAUAUUCAAAAUCUCCAAAGAUAAUUUAGAAAAAUCAUUAAAAUCAGAAAAUAUAACAAGAUCACUGUAUACAAGCACAGCACAUAAAAGCUUAUAAUAUUAUAUGGAUAUUAUUUUUAAGUUUUAUUUGUUUAUUUUAUGUAUGAAUCUGCAUGUAUACCUGCAUGCCAGAAGAGUGCAUUAGAUCACAUUGUAGAUGGUUGUGAGCUGCCAUUUGGUUCCUGGGAAUUGAACUCAGGACCUUUGGAAGAACAGCCAGUGCUCUCAAUUGCUGAGUCGUCUCUCCAGCUCUAUAUAUGGAUAUACUUAACAGCAAAAAUCAUGAUAAGAUGAAGUAAUGAAUGUAUGAUUAUACUAUCAUGAAAAUUUCAAAAAGUGACAUUAGUCUUGCAAUAAAUUUUAUUUUCCAUGAAAAGCAGGAUGACAGUAUAUAGGGAAGUAAGAUUUAAAUAAAUGGUAAGAUUAAAUUUCUUGUUUGGAAGACUUGGCAAUUGGCAAUUUUCAGUAAGUUGAUCUUUGUAUUCAGUGUAAAAAUCAAUAAAAUCUGUGUCAUUUUAAAAAGCA